GUUUAUCAAGUUGUGAUAGGCACGCUGAAACCGUAAUCAGGCGGACAGUUGGACGAGGAAGGCUGCCGGUCUCGGCACUAUCCUCCCCGGCACCUGCUCCUUCCACGGCCAAUCAAACGACCGAAAACCGGGACAAGGCUCUGGCGGAAGGAACAAGGGGUCAGUCAAUUACGUGUGAAACCCGCAGCAUCCACACGUCAAUCAACCGCUGUUGGCUUCACAUCAGUCCUUAUCUCCAGUGCCCUGCCCUUACACCUCACCAUGAAGUCGUCAUCACCCCUUUCCGGCUAACACUGGUUCCCUUCGGUGCCUGUUGUGCGCGAUAAUUUUGGUCUUCAAAUUUGUCGGGAUGCUUCGAGCAGGGCUGAAGCCUCCGUUGUGACCGUAUCGCGCCCGUCUCCGUUAUCGCUGCUGCUUGGAGCGAGCGAAGCAGCCAUGAGGGAACGACAGCUACACCACGCUCGAAUAGUCUCGAGCGUGGCCGCCACAUUGAUCUCUCUAGCAUGCGGAACAAAUUAUGUCUAUUCGGCAUGGGCUCCACAGUUCGCCGAUAAACUACACCUCACCACGACCGAGAGCAACUUGAUCGGCGCGGCGGGGAAUCUGGGAAUGUAUUCCAUGGGUGUCCCGAUCGGCUUGUUCAUCGACCACCGCGGUCCUCGCCCGGCUGUAAUUGCCGGCUCGCUGUGCCUUGGGCUUGGUUACUAUCCUUUCCGCUCCGCCUAUGACACCGGCUCGGGUUCCCUUCCGGUCCUCUGCUUGUUUUCGUUCCUAACCGGCUUGGGCGGCUGCAUGGCCUUCGCCGCCGCCGUCAAGACGUCGGCCUUGAACUGGCCACACCACCGAGGCACCGCGACCGCGUUUCCCCUCGCCGCCUUCGGCCUCAGCGCCUUCUUCUUCUCCGUCUUUGGCGGCGCCUUGUUCCCCGGCAGCACAAGCGCCUUCCUCGCCCUCCUGGCCGCUGGAACCUUUUGUUUAACCUUUGUCGGCUUCUUCUUCCUAAGGGUCUAUCCGCACACGGCGUACCACAGCGUCCCGACCGGCGGACCUGGCCUGUCCGACUCGCAGCAGUUGCGCCGCACCCCGUCCGUGGAGGCCAAGCCUGUUCGCCGUCACGGCCCCCACAGCGGGCGUUGCUCCCCAGAUGCAGAAACCGGUACGUCGCCCACCACCUACACGACUCCCGAGGCCGGGUCUUCCCGUGACGCCAUCAGCCCCGCGCCCGACCAGAUUGAUGUCGAAGCCGCCCGGCCUGUCUCUGUGGCUCGCAACCAUGCCUCGGACGCUUCAUCCCCGGAGGUAGACGAGACUUCGUCCCUCAUGUCCAAGUCGUCGACCUCGCCGUCGCUGCCAGGCGAUGUUUACGUGGACAACAGUAUUGAUAAGGAUCGCUCCCAUCGUGUAGAUAUCCGUGGUAUGCGCCUGCUCAGGAACGUCGAGUUCUGGCAGCUAUUCGCCAUUAUGGGCAUCCUGGCCGGCAUUGGAUUGAUGACCAUCAACAACAUUGGCCAUGACGUCAAUGCUCUCUGGAAUCGCUACGAUAGUUCUGUAGAUGAGACUUUCCUUGUCAAGCGGCAGCAGAUGCACGUUUCCAUUCUGUCUGUUGGCAGUUUUCUCGGAAGAUUGUUCAGCGGCGUUGGAUCCGACUUUCUUGUAAAGAAGCUCCAUGCCAGCCGCGCCUGGUGCCUCGUUAUCGCCAGCUUCAUCUUCUGCAUCGCCCAGAUCUGCGCGCUCAAUAUCGACAACCCUCACCUCUUGGGCUUCGUAUCCGGUCUAUCUGGUCUCGGCUACGGUUUCCUGUUUGGUGUCUUCCCGUCCAUCGUGGCUGAGUCGUUUGGAAUCCGCGGCCUGAGCCAGAACUGGGGAUUCAUGACUCUCUCGCCGGUAAUUUCAGGCAACAUUUUCAAUCUGUUUUACGGCGCUGUCUUUGACAGUCACACCAUCGUCGGCGCUGAUGGCGAUCGGUAUUGCCCAGAUGGGCUGGAUUGCUACAAGAAUGCGUACUUUGUCACCCUUGUUGCGUGCGGACUGGGGCUUGUCGUCACGCUGUCAACCAUCCGGCAUCAGUAUUCGCAGCGAUUGCGGGAAGAGCGCAAAGGUGGGACUGAGGAUUAGGAGUUCGCUUUGGAGGACUGAAUGGAACUGAUUUUAGGCGGCCGAGAAAGGAGAUUCUAUUUGAAGGAGGAACAUGGGGAGCAUCUGAUGGCGUGCGCAUUCUUCUGGGAUGUUGAGAUGGCGUUUUGGCAAUAGAUCGAGGCCUGGCCGUGACAUGACACGGUGACAGAUUCGGCGUUUAGGGUUAAUUUUAGGGAUGGAACUAGAUGCAGCGUCUCGAGGUACUUGAAGCCUUAGCUAUGUAAUUGGCAACUGAUUUAUAAGACUGUUUACUUGCGAG